AUGAAGUCUCAGAUCUUCGCUGCGGGUCUGCUCGCAGCUGGCGUGAGUGCGUUGGAGAAGCGCGCUUGUACGGCUACUUCGGAGUGGCCCGGCUGGGCUAACAUCAAGCACGCCUUCGUCUUCGGCGACUCCUACUCCCAGACAGGCUUCAACACCUCCCUCGAGGCCCCGAACCCCUCAAACCCCCUCGGCAACCCCUCCUACCCGGGCUGGACCUCCUGCAACGGGCCCAACUGGGUCGGCCAGCUCACCGUCAAGCACAACGCCUCCCUCCUCUACACCUACAACCUCGCCUACGGCGGCGCGACCGUCGACGCCGACCUCGUCAAGCCGUACGCCGACACCGUCCUCACCCUCAAGGACCAGGUCCAGACGCUCUUCAACGCGUCCUACGCCGCCAGGACCGCCCCGGCGUGGACCUCGAGCGACAGCGUCUUCGCCUUCUGGAUCGGCGUCAACGACGUGGGCAACUCGUACUGGAACGGCAAGGAGGCGACGGGCGCGCUCAACGAGAAGAUCGUGGGCGUGUACGAGGGCCUCGCGAAGCAGCUGUACGACGCCGGCGCGCGGAAUUUCGUCUGGUUGAGCGUGCCGCCCGUGGACCGCACGCCGAUGCUCCUUGCCGAGAACGCGGAGGCGCAGACGUUGUGCCGGGAGGACGUCGCGGACUUUAACGGCCGGAUCAAGACGAUGGCGGGGAACGUGAAGAAGCUGGAGGGUGCGAAUGCGUGGGUUGUGGAUGCGAACGGGGUUUUUAACGGGGUUUUGGAUGAGCCGGCCAAGUUUGCGGCUACGGCGGGACUGAAAAAUACGACUUCGUACUGCGAGGCGUAUGAGAAUGGAACUGACGCCCAGGAUACACUGAUCGAGAGCUGCGGUGUUAAGGUCAACGAGUACUUUUGGCUGAACACGCUGCACCCGACGUACCCCAUCCACGACGCGGUUGCUGAGACUGUUGCGGACGCUUUGGAGGCUGGGCCUAACGUUUGCUGA